AUGGCUCAUCUGCUGGCGAAAGCCAUUCUAUCUUUGAGCCUAUUCGGCCUGCUGAACGCUGAGUCGUCGCUGACGGUUUGGCUGAUCCAACCAGCCUCACGGCUACGAGAACAUGAUGCAAAUGCGACACGCCUAACAGAGGUCAAGUGUCCCAUUCCAAGGAGUGAUAAGGGUGGGUUUUUUAAAGAAUAAUUGAGAGGGAAAGAAUAAACAGUGGGGGACCUUAUCCAGUGGCAAAAAACGUACCAUUUUGCAUCCAGGAAGUAUCAAAAAAUAUAGCAAAACACCUCCCUCUCCAAGUGAAAAAAUCCAAUUUCAAAAACGCACACUUUCUCUCACAAAAAGAGAGAGCGCGCUUUUGAAUUCGGAGUUUUUUUACUUGGAGAUGGAUGCAUUUUCCCACAUUUUUUGAUACUUUCCAGAUGUAAAAUGACACGUUUUUUUGCCACAGGAUCAAGUCCGUCACUGUAGAUUAAUUCUGAAAUCAAUUUGGCUAAAGUAAAGAGCUUUUCGGAAGCUUUCAAGGCAUUUCAAGGCUUUAUUUUGGCCUUUUAUAAACUUCGAUAAGUCGGCAUUGCAUUGUCAGUACUUCGUUUGCGGUCUAUGACAUAAUUUCAACUACUUUUUCAGACCCCAUAACAACUUUGGCGGCCGGAGGAAUCGUUGAGAUCAGUUGGGAGAACCCAUCCAAACUGCAUGGAGAAUCGAGGUUUGAAAUUCUCAGCGGAGAAGAGAUCAUUCAACGAAUCGUCGUUGAUAAUUCCCCACCCGCGUUGAAGGGCAAUCGCUCAAUUAAGAGCGUCAAAUUGCCAGACUUUGAAUGUAAAGGAUGCACCUUGCGGCUGACUCAAUUCACGGAUUCUAGCGAUGUUCAAGUCAUUUCUUGUGCUGACAUUGACUUGUUGCCGCUGGCUAGUAAUGACAAUUCCACUGGUAAGUAAAAACGGUGAUUUGGGGUAAGUAAUGGUCGGCUUUUUUGUAGAAUGCACAACUGAUGAGCAAUGUGGUAAAGAGGGGUCGUGCGAAGCCAAUGUCUGCUAUUGUGCGAUCGGAAAGUUCGGAAGGAAUUGCGAAAGAUGUAAGUGCAAAACAGUAUCUUGAAUCAAAUAACGCCGAACUCGACAAUUUUUUCUUUUAUAAUCAAAAAUAAUUUCAGCCUCAAGUCUCAAGGUCCUCUCCAAGGAUCUCAAGUUUAAAACUCUUCCCACCGACAACAAGAAGAUGAACGAAGUGAGCUGGAGAUACGAUGACAAGAACGAGGAACUCGAAAUGGUCGUGGAAAUGACCGCGGACUCCUGGGUUGCCUUAGGGCUGAAAAACAAGGAAGCUGCGAACAAAUGUAGUGCCACUGUUGAUAAGAGUUUCAAGGACAAUACUCUGACCGAUGAUUCUUUGGGCAAUACGAUCGCGCCAGUUUUGAAUAUCAAAAAAUUGGAUGAAAAUGAAAAGCCGAAGGAGAAACCCGUUAAUGGUAAGAGGUUUAUUGAGAUUUUGGGGUUUUAAAUUACAUUUGAGGUGGCUAAAUUCAAGUUAACACCUACAAUAUUAAUUUUCAGGCAAAUGCGGGGCGAAUCAAGUCUACAGCGAAUGCCCCGAGUUCUCCAGAGAAUGCGAGCCAAGUUGCGAAUGGACCUUGUUCCCGGAGUCUGUCCCAACCUGUCCCAGAACUUGCGGAGAGCCAAGAUGCAUAUGUGCUGAGGGAUUUGUUAGAGUCAGCGCGGAGUCCGAUGAAUGCAAACCUUUCGAUUUCUGCGCUCAAGUUCAGGUGAGAAAGGGUCUUUUAACCAAAAAUUUCAAAGGGAAAUUAUGUGGGUUUUUCCAGGGGCCAAUGCGCUAACUGAAAGUUUGCUGAAAGUUAGCUGAAAAUGGUAGGGCGCAUCUCGGAAACAACGUUUCGCAGCUCGCCGGAGCUAAGUUUCAGUUUUUUUUCCGAGCUGCGCCCAAGACGCGAGCUGCGCCCGUGCAAGUUCUCCGAGCCGCGCCCUAUGAUUUCCAGCAAACUUUCAUUUAGGGCAUUGGCCCCCGAAAACAAUGCCAAGAAUUUCUUGACGUCCAAAACAAUCCGGCUAGGACGUUUUUUUUAAUGAAAAUAUCCAAAAUCAAUAAAUAAGCUCUUCUGAAUUUCGUUUUCAGGUUGGGCAAGGUCAAUGCAAGCACAAUGAGACCUGGGCCAAAUGUGGAACGGCCUGUGAGCCGUCUUGUGAGACUAUGUACAACACUGACCCGUGCACUUCCACUUGCAAAGAAGCUCAAUGCACUUGCGCCGAUAAUUACGUCCGUUUCAACGGGGAAUGCAUUUUCUGGGGAGAUUGUCCAAGUAAGCCUCUUAAAAGUUGAUUUUUGCUGUUAUUCGAGUAUACUCUUAUCCUUACAUCCAUGACCUUUUUCAGAUCUCGAGGAAAAACAUUUGAUCCCCGCAGAGCCUGUUCCUUCCACAACUCCAAAUGCUCUUUCAACAGUAUCAUCUUCUGUUUCCAAGGUUGAGAAGAAAUGCGCCGUCAAUGAGACUUGGAAUGAGUGUGGACGCAUUUGCGAGGCCGAUUGUGUCUCCAUCUUCACUCGAGAGGAAUGUCAAGCCUGUUCCAACCCGGAAUGUUCUUGUCAACAGGUAAGCCUUACUUUAUUUCUUGUAUUGGUGGACAGUUGCGAAGUUCAAAUCUAAUCCGUUGUUUUUUCAGGGAUUCGCCCGUUCUAAUGGCGUCUGUGUCUAUUGGGGAGACUGUCCAUUGGAAGGAAAUCUUGCCGAGAACUCCAACCUCCUAUCCACUUCGUCCGCUCCUCAGCCCCCGAACACUCAGUCUGGCCCGGCUGUUUCUCCCGAACUCGUCGUUGAACUUCCUCCCGCCGAUCCGGAGAUGCUCUGCUUCGGCGAAUUCUCGUAUCCCAGUAAAUGCGAGGGCGACAAGUGCAGUUAUCGGCUGUCCUGGGCCUACAUCCCCGAAAAGGAUAACAUUGAGUUUUCGUUGGAAACAAGGCUGAUUGGCAAUGGAUGGAGUGGCGUGGGAUUCAGCAAGGUCGGCAAUAUGCAGGAUGCUGAUUUCUUGUUGGUCAAAUCGGAUGGGAAACAGAUUUCUGUCCACAACAUGCACACUGAUGGCUACAGUAAGCCGGAUCUUUUACUGAAGAAAUUAUAAGGGCCUUUCACGUCAAUCCAAAAUAGAAGAAAAAAUUUCCCGCCCCUUUUUGGUGAUUCGUUCAAAACGAAAUGUCACAAUCCGAUAAAACGCAUUUUCUUAUCUUCUUUCUUUUCGAGAAAAAGCAUUUAUUUCGGGCGAGAAAAAGUGUCGAUAAUUUCAAUUUCGUCUCUCUUUUUUAAAAAUCAAUGAAAACGAUACGAAGUUUCGAAACGGUUCAGGAAAUGCGCUGGAUUGACGUGAGCCAUUUAUUUGCCUGACCCAUCUUAUUUUUAAUUGUAAUAUUUUCCAGAUCCUCCAUUGGAAGACAAACUAAAAAAUGUCGAAUCAGCAGCUGCAACCCACGCUGACGGAGUCCUGAAGGCCUCAUUCUCACGGAAACGCGCCAGCUCGAAUGAUGAAGACGUUGCGUUCGGAAACUCGGAUGAACAAUGCUAUUACUUCUUGUUCCCGGUUGGCGGCGGAAACUUGACUGAUGUAAGUUUUUUUUGUUGAUUUUUUGGAGCAUUAAACAGAAUUUUUUUUGUUUUUUGAAAUUUUUGUUUUUUUCAGGAGGGAGGUCUGGCUUAUCAUUCGGUGACUCCAUUGGUCUCGGCGAAGAAGGUUUGCAUCAGAAGUUGCGUUGGGCAGACUGUGGAGGAGGUUGCGACACCAGCUCAGAGCUUACGUAAGUUUAGAGAGGUGGGGAAAGGAGGUCCAGGAAACGAAGCCGUUAAUUUGAACUUUUCCCAAAUAAAUUGUCCAAGACUUUAUCAAAAAUUAGAAAUUAAUCGCAUCCUAUUCCAGCCCUCUACUCCUGCCAAAACGAAUACCGCUACCCAAGCAACUGCACCGACGCUGACUGCGAAUACGUCGCGAAAUGGGAUUACAUUCCCAAAGACAAAUCGGUGCAAUUCGAAAUUUCGGCGAAAGGAAUCGGCCGCUGGACCGGGAUUGGGCUCUCUCGCGAUGGGCAGAUGACCAACUCGGACAUUGUGACUGGCUGGUACUUCAACAAGAAGGCCUAUGUUACGGACAGAUUCGCGUAUGGGCGACAGAGCCCGGCUAUUGAUCCGGCCGACCGUCAGGACUUGUACAAUAUCAGCGGAAAAGUGGUGGAUGAUGUGCAGGUAGGAGGGGCGGAUUUUUGGAGAUAAAAAUUUUUAUUGCUAUUUUGGCAUGCAGUAAAUAAAAAGUUUCAAAAAAAAAUACGGAAUUUCGAGAUUUUUCUAUACCUACCGAAAUUUCAGACCAUUUCCUUCCAACGAAAACUCGUCACCGCCGACAAAAAGACCGACUUCCCGCUGGACAAGUGCUAUUAUUUCGUGUUCCCAGUUGGCGGUGGCCGUAUCCUAGCCCAAACCAACAGCCAAUACGAGAAUCCCAAGACGCCGAUCGCCUAUCAUGAUCGGCAGGCACCGGAACGAUCAGCUGUGCCCGUCUGUAUCUGCGAAAAUAACCAGCCAAUCGGAGAGACGCCAGCCCCGCCUCAAGUUAGAAGACGACGCCAGACAGAGCAGAGUGCCGGGGAAUUGGGAAAAUUGUUGAAAGCUGCGGAUAAGAAGGGAGUCAACAACGGUGAGCGGCAUUUUUGGCUGAACUGAUUGAUUUUGAAGGGCUUUUCAUAGUUUGCUUUGCUUUUUCAGAAGAUCCAUUUGCCUGCGCGGACGUCGCUCUGAUCGAAGUCUCCAAGAAUUACAAACUCCGAGUGUUCGACGGCUUCGCCUUGUCCACAGCCAAUCUUCAUUCCGACGAAACUUUCGGUGGCUCUCAGUCCUUUGUCGAUGUCGCUGUUGUCCCAUCCGACAAGAAAGAUACAGCCAAGAUUGUCAUCAAGAGGAAGGUCAAGUGUAAGUGCCACUUUUUCCUCGGAUUUUAUGUUUUCUGAAUUUUAGCUGAAGAUAUCAGCGAUUUCACAUUGAGCGACGAGCCUGGAACCUUUGUGGUGGCCUCCGGAAAAGGUGGAACAACCUUGCCUGAGGCAUCGUUUGUUCAGUCAUUCCCAGUGAACUUCUUGAGUGAGUUUGUCGUUGAGUCGGUCAAUAAAUUUUGUUAACUUUAGAGCCGAAUGAAGUGCUCAGCACACCAUCCAAACCUACGACUACGUCUUCUUCGACCACAACCACAACUUCCAAACCAGAACCCACAACGGUUGAGGAGACGUCCACCGAAGCUCCCACAACAACUCCCAAGCCAACAACCAAGACUACUAAGGCAACAACCACGACUGAAGCCACGACGGUCCCAACGACCACCGAAGGCCCGACGGACUCUCCGUUCGAAGCCACGGGUCUGCCAGACGUCGAGGAGAAGAAGCUCACUGCCGCAACUGAAGCCACGACCACAGAAAAGGUCGAGCUCUCCCUGCCUUCAGAGAGCUGGUUCGGCGAUUCGGGCGAUGCGAACUGCGCUUCGGUCUACUCGUAUCCCAAGGGUUGCACCAACAAUUGCAAAUUCUCGGCGGAAUGGGCGCUGAAUGAGGACAAGAACGCGUUCAAGUUCACGCUUCACGCUCAUCUGAAGCCCGCCGAAUAUACGAGCAUUGGAUUCACAAAAGACGGAGCCAUGGCUGAUAUGGAUGCAGUUAUUGUGUCGGUAUUGGAUGAUGGAAGAGUGAAUGUGUCCGAUCAAUUCAGUCCAUCGUAUGGCCGGCCGAGAGUCGACAAAAAGCAGGAUUUGAGGUUAGGAAAUGCCAAAUUUCCAAUUGGAAAACACGCAACCACGUUAGACAUGGCUCGUCGGCCGGCCCGGGCCGAAAAUCUCGGCCCGGCCCGUCGGCCUGAAGGGUUCCGGUCGGCCCGUUUCAAAUUUUCCGUCGGCCCAUUGAAACGGAAGUCUCCCUAAGUCUAACACCUUACGACCAAAUUUUUUUUCUAUCAUCAUGUAAAUGGAUAAAUACUGUGUUCCAUAGCUAUCUAAAAACAAAAAUACCUUUAAAAAAACAAUUGAGUCUUGACAUUUCGUUUAUUUUCAUUAUCAAACCCAAUUUUCGCUUCGAGAUUCUGAAUUUUAACUAUUUCGGGCCGGGCCGAACUUUCGGCCCGGGCCGGCCCGGCCCGGGAGCCAUGUCUAAACCACGUCCAAAAUAGAAGAAAAAAUUUCCCGCUCGUUUUUGGUGAUUCGUUCAAAACGAAAUGUCACUAUCCGAUAAAACGCAUUUUCUUAUCUUUCUUCUUUCUUUUCGAGAAAAAGCAAUUAUUUCAGGCGACAAAAGUUCCGAUAGUUUCGCGACAUUUCGUCUCUCUUUUAAAUCAAUGAAAAGGAUACGAAGUGAACCGGAUUAAAAUGCUGUUUUCAGAGAUGUAACUGCAAAGUACGUGGAUGGCCAUUUGUUAGCGUCGUUUGUGCGCGACCUCAAAACAGCCGACACCGAUGACGACCACGAUCUCAACGACUGUCAUUACUUUGUCUUUGUCCAUCAAGGAGGCGCGUUGGAAGCCGGAUCCGGCGAAAUCCGAAAGCACAGAGAGACCCCGGACAGGUCGAAGACUCGCGUCUGCCCCAGCAAGUGUGGAGCACCGGCGGAGACCACUAGCAAAGCGCCCGAACCCACAACAGUGGCCAAGGUCGAGGUGGCGGACGUUGAUUUCAAUCCCCGGCCGGAAAUCGAGUUGAUGCCGGCCAAGGAGAAGUCGUUCGAUACGGCGUUGAGGAUCAUGAACAGGGAUUAUCAACUGGAAAUGGCACGACUUCACAGCGACAGUGCGGUCGCAUUGACAAAGGAUAUCACGCAAUAUGUAAGUAAUUUGAAGUUAACUCUAUGUAAAACAAAUCGUAAGCGACCAAAAAUUAUUCGUUAUAGUGAGGUUUUGUUGUACAGAGGUUUAGAGUUUCAUUUAGAUAUAAAAAUAACUCUUGGUAUGUUCAAAUUUUUUUGUUUUAAACAGGUUUUGUUAUAUGAGAGUUCUUUUAUCCUCUGAAAUUUUGAUUUUCAGCUAAAACCCAUUGUGGAGAAACGCUGGAAAUCCCUGGAAUCAUUCAACGUCACCAACUACGCCUACUCUACCUCAGCUUCGAUCGGAGUCACCGAAGCCGACGGCGGUGACAAGUCUUCGAUUCUGGCGCUGGUUCGAAUGAAAUUCGGCGGAGGAAAAGACACUCCAUCGGCCGAUGAGCUCCGCUCCUACAUCCAAGAAGCGGUUGUGAACGCCGACUCCCCCAGCCUUGUUAUUGACCCGCAGGCUGUUCAAGUCAUUUUGGCCGACAAAAGUAGGUGGUCCACUUGGGGAAAUUAAUGCAAUUUUAGGGACGGACGAACGAUGGGGACCGCUGAAGAAUAUUCGAAAUAUUGCAAUUAUUGCCGCGAUUAUUUUGGCCACCAUCGCCGUGAUCUCAUUGUUCAUCUGUUGCACUUGCUUUAGGAGAAGAAAGGUUCAUGUAAGUCGAGAUUUUAAGGUGUUGUGGAGCCUCAAAGGCCUCCACAAUUCCCAGACAAAUUAGCAUAAACUGACUCAUAUAAAAGCAACGUAUCGUCACCAAUUACAUAAAAAUAAUCUCAUUUUCUCUUUUCUUUGUGUGCGGUGUCGAUAAAACCCUAUUCUAACUUGUGUCUAUUCUCAAUCCCUAUCUACGUUGAUCAUUCAUUACAGAGGUAUCAGAUGUAAUAUUUCAACUGUAAAAUAAAGGUUUCUGAACGACUUCUUUUCAGUCAGAACCCCUUUCCUUUGGACCUCCAUCCUCGGCUGCGUAUCAGCCAUACACCGCCAACUACGCCUCGAACCUGGGUGCCGCCUCAACCGCCACCUUCGACAGUCAGAAGGGCACUGAAGUCAGCAAACUCAGCGGUCUACAACAGCAUCCCGGGACGCUGAUUCGUCGCUCAGAAUCUCAACACAGCGACGUGCCGAAGGGAAUCGGCGAAGCCACCUAUCAGGAGUGGUAUCACAAAGUCGCGUCCAAAGAGACGCCCGCCCAUCAUCAGGAGAGUGUCUACCAGACUCCUCCGGCCAGAUUGGCGAUCACGAAUGGCGGACCGUCGCCGGUCUACGUCAGCUACCCCUCGGAACAGCCCGCCGGCUACUACACGAUGACUCCCGACGCCCGAAUGCCUCCUCCCUCGUAUUACCGGCAUUACUGA